AACAUGGCUGAACUUGAUAGUCUACUUUGUACAUGGACUUUAUACCAUAGGUUUACUUGCCAAUAUGGUGUUUACAGGGGGAUAUUUAGCCCUUACAAAGCGUUGAGAGUACAACAGUUUACCGGCCUUAUCUGACACGUUAGUUUGCAUUGGCACUUAUCUCAGCACACUCGGGGGUAGUUGAGUUCAUCGUGGGACCGUGUUAUACCUUAGCUACUCAGAGUCAAACAUGUGCACAAACACGGAUCGAUACGCUGUGGUUACCGCCUGGCUUAGCCAUGAUUAGCUCGCUCCCCUUGGACUUGAGCCAGUGGCCUUUGUUAUUUAUGCAGCCGAUGCACGAUCAAAUAUACCCCACGCCCUCCAGGGGAUAUACGUCAGAGCCAUACGGUGCCUACCCACGACCGGAGCUGCUCACGUGGGGUAGUCAAACCAAUCAGAUGUGGGACCAGCAGUGGUGACGUAGCAUGUAUUUCCAUAUAUGGAAACAGUCAGUUCGUCCCCCCACCCAACGUGAGCAUCCAGGGUAGGGAAGUAGACUAGUUAGUACACGAGGCACCCACACAAAGAACGGACGGAUAUUUUAUCGGAUUUAUUUCACUCCUAUUUCUCAUAUUUGUGGUGUUAUUGGUAAACAAUAUAUAGCCCUAGAAGGUUAUGGCCAGCCCUAGUACAGCAUCAGAGUUGCAGCUCUACAGGGUGUUACAACGUGCGAACCUCCUACAAUAUUACGACACUUUUAUAUCUCAAGGUGGAGAUGAUGUACAACAACUGUGUGAAGCGGGGGAAGAGGAGUUCUUGGAAAUAAUGGCACUCGUUGGAAUGGCCAGUAAACCUCUACAUGUGAGGCGUCUUCAGAAAGCACUGCAGGAGUGGGUCACUAAUCCAGCUGUCUUCCAGCAACCAAUCGCUACAGGUAAAACACAGCUACCUAAACCAACCACGGUGAGCUCUUUACCAGGGGGUCAGCGUCCUCCCCCACAGGUGGUCACCUACAGAUGUCCUAGCCCCGUCACAUCUAAUGUCUGGACCCCACCUACAGCUUCAUCCAUAGAGAAUGUGGCGCGUGAUGCAAUGUCAAUAUUACGUUCAACUAGUCCUGGAUCUGAUAGCUUAGAUAGCGCUUAUAACUCUAGUAAUACAAUCGUCAUAGAUGCUUCCCAACCAAUGGACACUCCAAAGAUGAGUGGUAAGAGAUCGCCCAACCCCCCACAGAUGACCUCCUUCUCCAUGCAUCCAUCACUAACAGAGACCCAGGUGAAGUCUAUCAAAGAUGCAGCUGAAUCUCUUAUCAAGACCUUGCCUCCAUAUGCCCCAAAGCCCAUGAAUAUGAGGAAGGAAAUAUGUCGAGAUAUAGAGAGAGUGAUGAACAUGGAUGUUGAUGAUCCAAUUAGAAAUGAUGAAAUCAGGAAAUACUCUGCUAUAUAUGGUCGGUUCGAUUCAAAACGCAAGAACGACAAACCUAUGUCCUUGCAUGAGAUAUCAGUAAAUGAGGCAGCCACACAGAUUUGUAUCCACAUGCCAUCCCUGUUGACGAGACGAGAUGAGCUCUUCCCCCUGGCACGUGAUGUUGUACGUGACAGUGGCUACCAGUAUUCCAAAGGUCAUUCAAGGGCAGCUAGCGCAGAUCCUCCAAUGUUGACACCAGCAAAUAAAAGGCAAAAAUUGGACACAAGUCUAGAUAGUGCUGAGAAAGCAUCCAAAGCAGAGACGGAUAAACUUCAGAGAGAGACUCGUCUCGUAGCCAUCAAACAAGAAUUAAUGAUGGUUGCCGAGCAACAGGAGGCACUGAAGCAGCAGGUCCAAGAUGCUAAGGAAGAGGAGAAUUAUACAUUGAUACAUCAGCUCCAGAGUCAACUAGAGGAGCUCACUUCCAAACAUCUAACACUGUUAACAGAAGAGAGCGACCUGACAAGGAAGCAGAAGAGAUCACAGAGGUAUCUCCAGUCCAAAACUAAACCACUGAUACCACCUAGCACCAACGACAGCUUCAACACUGAAAAAUCCUCCCCAACCAAUGGUGACACACCCUCUGAGCUAUUUGGCGUACCAGUCAAGAAUAACAAUGAAGACACUAAACAGUUUGUAAACAAGAGCUUGUUUAAUGAGGGCCUUCGGAUUGCUCAACAAUAUGGCAUGGAUGAUUUUGCCACUGAACUGAUUGGGAUGCAGCCUGAGGAUGAAGAGGAAGUUGACGAACAGUCUGAGUGGAAUCGUGAAGUUGAAAAAGAUGCAGAAAAAACUAAAAUCAAAACAGAAGCCACAAAUAUCGAGGAGAAAGAUACAAAGGACCAUGAUGGGGAUGUAGAAAGUGGUAUCGGUAGUCCAUCUUCCAUGAAAUUAGAAAAUGGUGAUGCUGUGGAGGCUACGAGUUAGUCAGAUUUUAAGCUCAGUUGAAUGGUGCACCAAAACAGUAUCAGCCUUAAAUACCACAAAGCUUUAGUUAGCUUAAGUUUUCUUUUUUUCAUCUUGUUAGUUUUGAAUUUUCAUCAUCUUCCUUCAUGAAGCAUAUGAAGCAAUGAUUAGUUUAGAUAAAAAUAUGAAUCGAUUGAGGAUGUAUGUAAUACUAAGCAAUACUUAACCUAGUCCAUGUUCAUGUAUGAAUGACAAAGGAGUCAGUUAGUCAUUAGAUGAAUUCCUAAUUAAAAUGUAAAAUAUUAAUGUAGAAGUUUAAUAACUUUGAACAUGUAAAGUACACAUGUAAAAUUAUGCUGAUUUAGCAAAAAAUGAAAGAAUUCCACCUUAAUUGUGAAUUCCACCUUUAUUGUGAAUUCCAUACAACUGGAAAUAUUAAAUGUAUUUAUCUCUUGCCUCACACAAUCACCGUUGUAUAUAAAAUACACAUGUAUGUAAAUAUUAAAUUAGUAAUUUCACUUGAACAACUAUUAUCAUCAUUUCUGCAUUUAUCAUCAUUUUGUCAUCAUCUGCAUUUAUUGUCAUUUCUGCAUUGAUCAUCCUUUUAUCAUCAUUUCUUUUCAAUGAGUCAACACUGAUAAAAUUCAUCAUUGUUCAGGGUAUGUUUGAAAAAUCAUAUAUUAAGUAUAUAGUGUAUAUAAAAUAAUUACAUAAUUUAUUUUUAUUUAAGACAUUGUACAUAUUUAAUAAAGUUGUUUAUAUUUAAGGAUCUAGAAUGUGUAAGAUAGUAGAUCGAUCGAUAAAGUGAUAUAUAGUAUGCUAGUAUACUGAAAUAUAGAACUAGAACACUUGGGUUUCGUGAUCAAAACACUUACCCAUCCAGACCAAUGCUUUGAAUUUGAACAAUGUUUUGCCAUUCCAAAAUAACAUGUUUUUGAGAACUGGCAGAAUGCUAAGAAUAUUAAAAAAAAUUAACGCAAACAUUCACAUGAUGUUGCUUUAUUAGCCUUGUGUUGUUGAGGUGACAAUCUUAUCGACACAAUUAAAUGGUAAUCAUGCUUAAGCCCAGUGUGAAAGUUCUAAAACAUGGCCCAACAAUCAACAUAGGAUUCAAAAUUGAAUUGAAUUAUUGUGAUAAGAAAUCACAUGUAAAAAAGACAUGUUGCUAGUCAAGGUAGAGUGCCACAUGCAACAGAAAUAAUGGGGAGGAAUAAUUGAUUUUAAUGGAUUGUCCUCACAAUACUUUAGCUAGGCACAACCUGUUAUAAACAUUUAGUAAUUGUAGUUUUCCUAAUUUUUUAUGUUGAAAAGUUCUUCCAGUUUGAUAUGGAAAAGUUUCAAGUUGUUAUACUUGUUACAUGAUAUUGUACAGUAUAUGUGCAAUAAAAAUAAAUUUAUAACAA